ACCAGCAGGAGGACUUGUCUGCGGAGCGACAAUCAAACUGUUGGCAAGGAAGGGAGCGAAGUUGCCGUUUCGGGCUUAGACGCCACAUCAAGACUAUUGGCUGCUUUUGUCUCUAUGGUGGUUUAAGGGAGGAACUGCCGCUCUUUUCUUGGAAGGACCAUUGUUUAUAGCGCAGGACGUUUAUUUCACCCCGGAGAACCAACCGCCGUUGCGGCGGGAGGACCUUCGUUCAUCUCGGAGGACCGGCCGCUAUUGUCCCGGGAGGACCGCUGUUUAAAGCGGAGGACCGUGUUGAAGAUGGCGGAGAGUGGAGCGGAGGAGAAAGAACCGGAGGGCGACGGAGAGCGGAGAGUCCGGGAGCUGGUGGAUGAGCUUUACACAUUCCGGGACCUCUACUUCGAGACUCAUGGCAUGGAGGAGGCUGGAAAUAGGCAGCGAGAUCUGGAGGAGCGCAUGCAGGCGACUCUGGAGGCCCUACAGGAAUUAGAGGGAUGCCCCCAGCGGAAGGCUCACCUGUUGGUGCUGGAGGGCCGGGCGCUCAACAUAAUGCCCGAGUUCAGCCCACGGGCUGAGCAGCUGCUCUCACGGGCUGUCAAACUAGAGCCGGGGCUGAUCGAGGCCUGGAACCAGCUGGGAGAGGUGUACUGGAAGAAGGGCGACCUGUCUGCCGCCCAUACCUGCUUCUCUGGGGCCCUCAACCAGUGCAAGAACAAGGUGUCUCUGCGGAACCUGUCGAUGGUCCUGAGGCAGCUGCCGGCUCAGGGGGAGGACAGCACCAAGAAUGUCCUGGCCAGCGUGGAGCAGGCGAAGGUGGCGGUGCAGAUGGAUGUCACCGACGGAACCUCCUGGUACAUCCUGGGCAAUGCCUACCUGUCACUAUUCUUCCUCACUGGGCAGAGUGAGCGGGUCAGUCAGCAGGCACUGGGUGCCUACGCUCAGGCGGAGAAGGUUGACACGGCCUCCCGCAACAACCCAGACCUCCACUUCAACAGGUCCACGCUUCACAGGUAUGAGGAGAGGUACCAAACGGCGCUGGAAGGAUUUGCUCGGGCUGCUGCCCUUGACCCUGCCUCCUCAGAGGCUUCGCACCGCCAUCAGCAGCUGCUCUCCUUCCUGGACCGGGUCAGCACCAUGGUGCAGCAAAAGGGGAAGCUGAAGACAAAGAGACUGAAUGCCAUGGUGUCCAGACUGGUGAACCGGGAGCUGCCACAGCACCAGGGCCGUCCCUACUCCAGCCCGAGUGGGCAGCCGCUCUCCCUUAGCCUGCGGCCCCUCUCUGCUCUCCGCCCCGGGCCCAACCCUGGGUUGGUGGUACUGGGCAAGGUGGUCUUCAGCCUCACAACCGAUGACAAAGUGCCCUUUACCUUCGGUCUGUUGGAUGGUGAGGGGACCUGCGUGGCGGUGAUGGUGUACAACAUAGCAGAGAGCUGGGCGGUGCUGAUCGGAGACACGGUGGCCAUUCCCCAGCCCCUUUUCAAGGAGCAUCGACUGGAGCACCGGGGCAAGAAGUUUGCCUUCAACAGUGUCCGUGUGGAGACCCCACUGGUGCUGAUAGUGAACGGCAGGAAGCAGAGUGCCAGCUGCCAGGCCACUGCCAUCGUCGCCUACAGACCCUGCAGCGAGUGAAGAGAGGUUCACCUGACCUCUCCAGGACUGAGUCCAGACAGCAAUUUGCUCCCCACAUCCUGGAACCCAUGGAGUUAACAUUACUGUUGGUGCUUCCUGUGGGAUCGCUGGCCGACUACCCAUGGGGUGGGGGGAGAACUGGGUCCUUGUGGUGGAGGGGUACUGAGGGCGCAGUGGGGGGACAUUUUCAGGACCAUGGAGAGGCAAGUGGGGGGAGCGCACCCUGGUCGUGAAUUGACACUGAUUUUUCAACGUCUCCACCUGGAGAUGGCGGUCAAUCCACACCUUCUACAUACUGAACCUCAUGCCAAAUCCUUCUCCACUGCCUCUGGGUCUUUCAAUUGUUUUGAUAGAUAACUGAAUGUUUCACGUAUGGUUAGCAGAAAGAUGUUUUUACAAGAAGCUGAAAAUAUUUGCUCAGCCAUAAUAAACCAUAUUACAGGGGGUUGUAAAUUCCUGCUGUCACCGUAAUAAACUGUUACAGGAGGCUGUAAAUCACUCUUGCUGUAGUAAACCAUGUUACAAAACUGUAAAUUACCACACUCCUGCUGUAAUAAACCGUUUACAGGAGGCUGUAAUUCAUCCUCUCACUGUAAUAAACUGCUUACAGGAGGCUGUAAUUCGCACUCUCGAUGUAAUAAAUCACAUUAUAAUGCUAUAAAUCACCAUUCUCACUGUAAUAAACAGCUUACAGGAGGCUGUAAAUUACCACUCUCACUAAUAAACUGCUUACAGGAAGCGGUUAUUUGCCCCUCUUGAUGUAAUAAACUGCUUACAGGAGGCUGUAAUCGCCGUGCUCGCUGUAAUAAAAUGCUUACAGAAGACUGUAAUUUACCACUUGAUGUAAUAAACCGCUUAUAGGAGGCUGUAAAUCGCCACAUUCUAUG